AUGGACGUCACAACACCACAGCACCAAGCCUUAUUUUCCUUCUCCAAGGACCAAGUCGAAGAGGAGGAUGCCGACUCGCUGGGGCAAUCUUCACUACCUGUGGGGGUGAAUGAAAGCUUAUUUAAUCUUAUGGAUUCCUUAACUCAGGCACAAGGUUCGUUUCUACCGAAGUCCGUGUACUCGCUGCAUAACAUACUCGAAUCUUCCUGCAUCCGUGGCUCAUCUCUGUUUUAUCCAGGCUGCUCUAUGAGUCCGUUGAAACUGUCCGUAUACCAAGUAGCGGAAGUCGCAAGGCGCAUAUCCCAGCUUUACAAACAAGUAGUAGAAAUCAAGUUGGAUGACCCUGAUUCUGAGAUUCAGACACUAGAAAGCGGGUGCGCGAAAGAUGAUACCACGUCCUCCAGCCCAGUGAGUGAUGCGACACAACUCAACCGAUUAGAAACGAUUGGCAUCUCAAGGAUUGCUAGGCCGAAAUCGGACCUCGGCAAUAUCACGUCAUCUAGCGUUGCACCAACUGGAUUAUGUAAACUCACUCCUCCCGCUUGUCAGUCAAGCAUGGUGUCUGGUGAAGUCUCCAAACCGGCUCCCAACAUGGCCGAUACGUUCAGAACUCCAUGUUCAGCUUCCCUUGCAGCAACCAAGGCCAACGCAACUGGACAGCUCAAUUCAGCUGUGAGUCACUUACAGUUGGGCAUAACUGGGAACCAGACAUCCAACUGGCCAAAGCUGGGAGUUCCACUACCUGCAGCACCAACUCGAGUUACGGCCCCGGUACACGUGGAUGUUGGAGGUGUCCUGUACACUUCUUCUUUGCAAACAUUAACGAAAUAUCCGGACUCUCGAUUAGGUCGCAUGUUCAGCGGUGUUACUCCGAUCAUACUGGAUACAAUGAAGCAGCACUAUUUCAUCGAUCGUGAUGGCACCUUAUUUCGACAUGUGCUGAACUUCUUGCGUACUGGGCAAGUGAACAUUGGAGCGCAGUUUGACGAGUUCGAUCAACUAGUACAAGAGGUCAGACAUUAUGAAUUAGGAGAAAUGUUGGAGGCUUUGGAUCGCCUUGCUUCCGAACGCCGCUCAGAUGGGCGCAAACGGGUGAUACGGAACAAACUACAAUCCCGCUUGAGCCUUAACAAGAAACGAAGAAUACAACAUUGCCAAGUGGCUGAGGAAUUUAUGACCAAGGAAAACGAUGGUGCGCGGACCUGUGCGUUACGUUUCGCUGAUAGUGAGAUGCUGGAAUUCCGAAUAGCUUCAUCAAAUUACGAAUGCAUGUGGGUAGAAAUGAACGUCAGCUCACCGUUUUCUGGCAUCAUACAACUAGCCGGCAUGACAUCCGUCCAAGGUGAACAAUGGGCCAGACGCAUUGGACGAUUCGUUGGUGAAAAGUGUCAGUGCUCGGACAAUGAUUCACGUGAACACAUGAGCCUGGAGGGUUCUACACAAGUGAGGUGGCACGAUAUGGCUCGUGCGGACCAGCUUACGCUCUGGCAAUUUAUCUUGGCUGACGGUUUCGAAAUUCUUGCGCAGCACUCCCCAUUGUUAACCAAAUCAGGCUGUUAUACUUACCUACUUGGUCGUAAGUCCCGGUGAGCCAUUCUCGGAGCCAAAAGAUGAUCUGACCCUUGUGCUUGGCCUCCAUGCCUGUAAUGUCCAGGUAUGAUUCGGAGCCGUUACCUCCACGCUGCCUAAUUGAGCUGAUCAGUCGUAUUGAAACAUGGUUAAUUUACUCUGCAGAUCACACGUUUAUGCUUCUAUACAUACCAUUUAUGUCUUUAAGAUGCGUUGUUUUCGAAGGGGGCUCGAAUCCAAAAAGUAUUUAAUACAAUAUUUC